UAAGGUUGACAAAUCGCAUGAAAACGCUACAGGCCCGUGUCGCAUCAUGGCACACACAAGCUGCUCUGAUUUGGGAAGCUCGUCCGAAUACACGGCCUUUCUCACGCACAGCUAGAUCUGGCAGCUGAGUCGCCUUAUCCCUCCGGCAGAUGGUCGCACGGUGAUGUCGGAAGCUGUCAGCUGCUAAAUGUGUUUAACGCGAAGAGGAUUUCCAUCUGAAAUCGUGCGAAAGCUUAUGUUCGGGGCAUUCUGCCUGCAACCAACAGUAGUAUAUUCAAAUAAUCAGAUUUUUUUUUUCAUAAGCCACUGCAUUAUUAGUUGUGUACAUGUGGGGCACUCAGCUUAUUAUUAACUAGACAGCUAUAAUUCAUGCUUACGUUUCACUUUUUAUGGAAAGUACAUUUCAAGGUUGCUGUUCAGACGUGUGAAUGGUGAAGAUCAACCAGCACAGAAAUGGUACAUUGGUUUUUAAAUGUGGUCAUUCUUGGGUGGAUCUUGAGUUGGCCCUAGGUUUCAAUUAUGUUUCUGAAUGGCUCUCAGUAGAUUUUGUACCUCUGAAGGUAUGGUCUCUAAGAAUUUGGACGAUUACAAAACUACCGUAAAGAAGAAGACUGCAUUAGCAUAAUCUCAUAGCAUUUACCACAAGGUUUAAACCACUGGCAAGACUCAGAAAAUGGCCAGGUUACAGGUAAAACAUUAAUCAAAAAGUUCAAUUCUGUAGAGUCUGUACCAUUCAGUUCUAUACAGUCCUGUGGACAGUUGUGCUGAAGAUUAACCUGUUCCACGAUUACAGAAAGGGGCAAAAGUUUCAGAAGAAGGAACUCAUGAUCCUCAUCUGUGAAGCAUGCAGGGUGUGAUCCUCAUGAUGUUCACAGUGUUACGGUUAGUGUUACAGUUUUGGCAUGUUUGGCAGUCACUGGAACUAUAUCAUUUUGAUAAUCUGACUGUUGAUUGGAGCAGUAUCAUGUUGCUGUAAACUUAAAAUUUUAUUUGGACUGCUCUGAUCCAAUCACAUUAUUUCAGAUGGUUUGCCUUGAAGCAGAAUAUUGGCCUUAAACACAAUACUGUUAAGUCAAAAAUUUUUAUUAACUGGUGAAAACAACUAGCUUCUUGGCCUGAAUUUAAGUGAGCAUGCAUUUCACAAUCUGAAGAAAUAACUGUAGGCAAAACUCCCCAAAUAAUCAGGAACUAAAAAUAGCCAAACAGAUGCGAUGUCUUUAGAUUGUACCAUUCAGGCAGUUUUGCUUAAUUAUUUAUGGCAAUUACUUGGUUAGGAUUACUAUGUGGUUCAACCAAUAUGAACUUAGCUACAUAGCCUUGAACCCCAUAGUCAUCGAUUAAUGUAAGGUCCAGGGUGCUAGAGGACAGAGCCAAAUGGACAAACACUGUCCAGAAACAGCUGCACUGUAUGUCUGUUUAAAUGCAUGUACUCCAGGGGUGGGCAGGGUUGACAUGAAGCCUUAGUUAAGAUCAGCUCAGAGUCACAGCAGCAAAAACAAAUUAGCAAGAUUUUAUACUUAUGCAUUUAAUAAAAAUAACUGGCAUGACAAGACAGCAUAACCCACAUAGUUGUAAGAACGGGUGAUUCCCAGCUAUGGUCUUUAGUAGCAUGGCUGUCAAAUGUUGACUCACUAUUGAUUAUUUUGGGUCUUCUUGAACAGAAAUAAAGAAACAAUUUAGUUUUCUUGAACAGAAGUAAAGAAACAUAAUUUCAUAUCCUGUAUAAUGGUUGGUGAAUACUGAAUGAUUUAGUUUUCUGGAGAAAUGGCCAGUUAUGAGCCGUGUGUGUCUGUGUGUGUCUGUGUGUGUGUGUGUGUGUGUGUGUGUGUACAUUUUGCUGGCCUUCUCUGUUUUUGGGCGGCUUCAUCCUCAAACACACCAUUUCUAAAAGCUGUAGCCAUGGCAAAGAAGGCUUUGACAGCUGUGCGAAAGGCAUCUAUUAUAAGCAGCCUGGCACAACAGAGCUAAAAAAAAAUUUUAAAAAAAAAAGUAAAUAAAUAAAUAAAUAAUAGUUGUUGUUUGUUCACUGAAAUGAACCCUACACUCACCUUACAUGUUAUAUGUUGCAUAAUAAUAAGUGAAUUUCCAGGUUUCAAAAUGAAUAAUGACUAUUUAUAUAGCCUAUUGUAACUGCUGUGUAGUCAGGCUUGUGCAAGUGUGUAUGGGUAGUUAGGAUAGAUAUUUUACAUUUGUGAUAUUAGAUUGAUAAGCAUAGUAUAUAGUAUGUUAUAGUGUAUCAUACUAUGGUUCAAAGGAAAUGCUAUCCUUUGAAGGGGUUAGGUCAGUGGAAAGUGCACCAAAAUUUUGUCCUGCUGUUCAAUUAAUGCAUACUCCAUACUUAACCUGGAAUUAUUACCUACCACAUCCAUGAUCAGUCAUUUGCAAGUGUAAAAGCUUUUAUGAUCUACUUUUUUAAUAAAUAAGAUUUGUACUGUAUUCAUCUGGAGCAUUUUUGCUGGCUGUAUUAAGAACUGUCAAGCUGAAGUAGUUUGCCAUAUGUGCAAAACAAUGAGACACAUGGCACUGAAGCAGAGUACACUUCCUAAACCUGCAUCCUGUGUUUGGAUGAAGAAAAGGCAGUGGAAGAGAGAGAGAAAGAGAGAGAGAGAGAGAGAGAGAGAGAGAGAGGAGGAGAAGAACGAUAAAGCGGGAAAGAGGUGGUGGGUUGGGUCUAUGCCUCCCUCAUAUUUGUCCGAGGGGAAACAUGGGAAAGGAGAAAGUUUACAGGUGCUUCCAGAACUCCUGACAAUGUAUUUUACUGGAUUGUUUUGUGGUUAAAUUGGACACGAGAAAGAAUUGGAAUCGACGAGAGGGGAAGGAGCUGGGCUGGAGUGUCUCCCUGCCUCCAGCCUCUGCCUGCCUGCGUCUAUGCUGCUGUAGGGGAACAUGCAUUGAGAUACACAGGAAACACCCAUGAAAAACUUAGAGAUAUUUGGCAGCCAUGCUGAAAGAGGAAAUGCUUGUUCUAUUAAUCACUACCAAUAUUCCCCUUUCUCCAGCAAAUCACACUGACAUGUGACUGAAACAGUUGUUUCAUCUGUCCCUAAUAAAUAUGUGUAGGGCUGCACAUUUUAGAGCUGUGUUGAUUUUGGAAAAUGACUUUCCUUUGUUCUUUCAGGUGUUCUGGACCUCCACAUCUGUUGCAUCUAGAAUACAAAGCACUGGCUAAAUAAUCUGAAGGAAUUAAGUGCCUUUUGCUCACCUAUAUAUUUACAAACAACAUCUGAAUCUCUAAGUUUCCUUAACUCUGAACUCUUUGAAUUUUUUGAAAAAUACAUACAAGGAUGAAGCCAGAUGGCUAUAUGUUUCCAAUGAGAGGCUAACCCUGAAUUUUGGGGUAGAACGUAAUCUCUUGAGCCAAGAUGGCCAACUCCUCUUUUCUUGUGACCGAGGGAGUGAAGCCCACCCUAGCAACACCAGACAUCUGCAUUCUGGAGGUCAGGACGAAGCAUGAAGUCAUCCCUUCAGUAGCCUACUCCCUGUGCUUCAUGCUAGGAGUUGUGUACUGCUUCUUUGGCUACCGGUGUUUUAAGAUGGUGAUGUUCCUGUCGGGACUGACGUUUGGCACAGGCGUUGGGUACCUGUUGUGCCUUCGGGAGCAGCUGCUGGACUCUCCACUGAAUGCAGAGACGCGGGCGGGCGUGUCCCUCGGCAUCGGCUUGCUGUCCGGCCUAGUGACCACACUGGUGCGCUGUAUGGGCCUCUUCCUCACAGGCUUCCACCUGGGUCUGCUGCUCUCGGUUGCUGCCCUGGUGGUGGCGGGGCAGUUCCAUGCUGCCUUCAUGCCCAUGUGGGUUGCAGUGGGCACGGUCCUGGGCACGAGCAUGUUCUUCGCUGUGCUGACACUCUGCUGGCAGAGGCCCAUGACAAUAGUCGCCACGACAAUACUGGGCGCCGCCGUCAUGACGGCAUGUGUGGACUACUGCGUGGAGACACCAGUGCUAGCAUGGCGGGCCCAUGCAGGGCUGCAGGGGAGCCACCAGGGGGCGAUGUGCUGGUUCAGCUGGGCAGUGGUGGGCUUGUGGCCCCUACUAUCCACUCUGGGAAUGUUGGUGCAGAGAAAACUCACGGCCAGAGGACUAUCUCACUCGGAGGUGAUCGUGAGUAAUAUUCAGAAGCGGCUCCAUCAGAAAGAGGUGUGCACGCGCCCAGAGGGGAUGUCCCACCGCAGGCCGCCGCUUCUCAAGCGCUACGCAGGAGACGUGCUCGCUCCAAGCUACCUGGCGCGCCUGCGGGAGCGCCAGAUGAGCACCGGGUCGUCUACGAGCAGCUUGAGUACUGUGUACCACACUAUGAUUGACUUCGACUUUGAGACAGGGUCCAUGGUGCCUCUCACAGCCUCACCGUCUGCAGUACGCAGGAUGUAACCACACGGGCGUGCAACCGCACAGGCCUCGGGCUCAGAGGCCUUUCUUUUUAAUGUACUGGAUUCUUUUUAUGUAAUGCAUUCUUGAGAAAAGACACAGGGUAUUCACUGGCAACCAGAAAAAAAGGAAAACGGGUAUAUUGAGCCCAUGAUGUUUUAUCAGCGCUAACACUGAAUACUGGAUCUCCACCUGGAUCACAAAUGUUCCCUUUAACCUUCAAUACUAGCCAUCACUUCAGACCUUCUUUUAGUAGUGUGCUGUAGAGUACUACCUUGUAUUCACAUUCAAAAGUAGAUAAGCUGGAAACUGUUUAUCCUCAAAUACUUUGUUUCAAUCCAGGACACAUUAUAUCUCUGACCUCAUGUGGAGAGGUCACAUAGCCAGUGGUAUUUGGGGGUACUGGAGGCCCCCUGACACCGAUUGUGUCUAUCCUGCUAAGAAAUUUGUGCAGGGAGUGAAAACACUUAUAACAUUGAUACAAUUCAAAACAGGACAACCUGUAUUAGAAAACAUUUCUCCUCUGUUUUAAAAGGAAUAUUGCUUCUGUGUGAAGUUUCCAGCAUGGAAAUCUUACAGCUCAAAUUGUACAUGGCUUAGUGGGAUGCCCAAGAUGGGUAUAUUUAGUAAAUGGCAGUCUGUGUAUAAUACAUAUUUUGCGUUAGUUAAAGAAAAAGUAGAUUAUCAGCAUACAAUAGUGUUUAGCAUGAGGUAAGAAAAACAUUGUAAAUUAUCGAGGUGAGUUUUACAGUCAUAAAUAAUGGCACAGUAAAUUCCUAAAAUAUGCAAUAAUACAUUUUCUAGAAAUAAAUCAGUGUGCAGUUUCC